GCGAGCUUCACCGCACUGACAGUCCACAUCUUACACUGCUGACUCUAACGGCGGAGCCCUUCAGAUAUGGCGGGGCUUCGUUGAGAGGGACAGAAAAUCUCCGAGCACCGAACAGUUCGUUCUUGGACACGCGUCUCCCGCAGCCCUCCUUAUGCACCGCUGCGACGCGGAGAAACGGCAGCAGCGCUGAAAGAGUCGAAGAAAGAGGACGAGAGUGAUUUGUACCCCCUUGAACGGACAAUGGCGGACCGCGAUGCGCUGCCCCUUCCACUGGAAGUGCGGGCCAGAUUGGCUGAGCUGGAGUUGGAGUUAUCCGAAGGCGACAUCACUCAGAAAGGAUAUGAGAAGAAGAGGUCAAAACUGCUCGGGGCGUAUCUGCCCCACCCUCCAGGGCUGGAGGGGUCCAUGGCACACGAGCGCCGGCCGCCCAUGGCGUCCUCCGCUUCACGAUACCACCGUAGACGCUCCUCCGGCACCCGUGAUGAACGUUACCGUUCAGACGUCCACACAGAAGCAGUUCAGGCAGCACUAGCCAAACACAAGGAGAGGAAGGUGGCCGUUCCCAUGCCGUCCAAACGCCGUUCUCUAGUGGUACAGACCUCUAUGGAUGCCUACACCCCCCCAGACACCUCGUCCGGCUCGGAGGAGGAGGGCGGCCAGGGUGAGGGUACCCCCACCUCCAGCCAGGGCAGCAUCGGCAUGGAGCACUGGAUCAGCCGGGCCAUCCACCAGGGUUCCACCACCUCCUCCUCCUCAUCUUCGACGCAGAGUGGGGGCAGCGGAGCUGCCGGGCGCCUGGCUGACGUCCUGGCUCAAACGCAUGUCGGGAAAUCAGAGAAUCACUCAGCCCCUCCGGACGUCACCACCUACACCUCCGAACAUCCCGUUCAGGUAGAGAGGCCACAGGUGUCCACCGUACCCCGGACCACACCCAAAUAUGGCAAUGCCAAACUCAUGGAGACCGGAGAUGGCGUCCCAGUUAGCAGUCGUGUUUCGGCUAAAAUCCAGCAACUUGUGAACACACUAAAGCAGCCCAGACGACCUCCGCUUCGAGAGUUUUUUGUUGAUGAUUUUGAAGAGCUCCUAGAAGUCCAGCAGCCUGACCCCAACCAGCCACGGCCGGAGGGCUCUCAGAUGGUCGCCAUUCGAGGGGAACCACUGGGAGUGGUCACUAAUUGGCCACCAUCUUUAGAAGCUGCACUACAACGCUGGGGAACCAUCUCGCCCAAAGCGCCCUGCCUGACCACCAUGGACACCAACGGCAAACCCCUCUACGUCCUUACUUAUGGCAAGCUUUGGUCUCGGAGCAUCAAAGUAGCGUACAACAUCCUCCACAAACUGGGCACCAAGCAGGAACCUAUGGUCCGACCAGGAGACAGGGUGGCUCUUGUGUUCCCCAACAACGAUCCCGCCGCCUUUAUGGUCGCCUUUUACGGCUGCCUGCUGGCAGAGGUGGUGCCCGUACCCAUCGAAGUGCCACUUACCCGAAAGGAUGCAGGGAGUCAACAGAUCGGCUUUCUCCUGGGCAGUUGUGGCGUUACUGUAGCUCUGACCAGUGACGCCUGCCACAAAGGCCUUCCGAAAGGACCCACUGGCGAAAUACCACAGUUCAAAGGAUGGCCAAAGCUGCUAUGGUUCGUCACAGAAUCCAAACACCUGUCCAAGCCGCCACGUGAUUGGUUCCCUCACAUCAAAGAUGCAAAUAACGACACCGCCUACAUAGAGUAUAAGACCUGUAAAGAUGGGAGUGUUUUGGGUGUCACGGUGACACGGAUCGCACUUCUUACACACUGCCAGGCCCUAACGCAGUCUUGUGGAUACACAGAGGCUGAAAUCAUAGUGAAUGUAUUGGACUUUAAAAAGGAUGUGGGUUUGUGGCACGGCAUCCUAACUAGUGUCAUGAACAUGAUGCAUGUAAUCAGCAUCCCAUACUCCCUGAUGAAGGUCAACCCUCUGUCCUGGAUCCAGAAAGUGUGUCAGUACAAAGGUAAAGUAGCUUGUGUCAAGUCAAGGGAUAUGCACUGGGCUCUGGUCGCUCAUCGAGAUCAGAGAGAUGUCAACCUGAACUCCCUGCGCAUGCUGGUGGUGGCCGAUGGAUCCAACCCAUGGUCCAUCUCAUCGUGUGACGCGUUCCUCAAUGUCUUCCAGAGUAAAGGUCUGCGGCCAGAGGUCAUCUGUCCAUGUGCCAGCUCAGCUGAAGCCCUCACCGUGGCCAUCAGGAGGCCUACGGAUGACAGUAACCAGCCGCCGGGUCGAGGAGUGCUGUCUAUGCAGGGUCUGAGCUACAGUGUCAUCAGAGUGGACUCAGAAGAGCGUCUCUCCGUACUCACCGUACAGGAUGUGGGCACCGUGAUGCCAGGAGCUCUGAUGUGUGUGGUCAAACCAGAGGGAGUUCCUCAGCUGUGCCGAACAGAUGAGAUCGGAGAGCUGUGUGUGUGUUCCAUCGCCACGGGAAUGUCCUAUUAUGGGCUCUCGGGCAUGACAAAAAACACCUUUGAGGUCUUCCCCAUGACCAGUUCUGGGGCUCCUAUCAGCGAGUACCCCUUCACUCGGACAGGGCUGCUGGGCUUCAUAGGCCCGGGUGGGCUGGUGUUUGUCUCUGGAAAGAUGGAUGGGCUGAUGGUGGUGAGCGGACGGAGACACAACGCUGAUGAUAUCGUCGCAACAGCGCUGGCAGUGGAGCCCAUGAAGUUUGUGUACAGGGGCAGGAUAGCUGUAUUUUCUGUGACGGUCCUGCAUGACGAGAGAAUUGUGGUCGUAGCCGAGCAGCGGCCGGACUCCACAGAGGAGGACAGCUUCCAGUGGAUGAGUCGUGUGCUGCAGGCGAUAGACAGCAUCCACAACGUCGGGGUGUUUUGUUUGGCAUUGGUGCCCGCUAACACCCUUCCCAAAACUCCUCUGGGAGGGAUCCACCUGUCGGAGACCAAGCAGCUGUUUUUGGAAGGCUCCCUGCAUCCCUGUAACGUCCUAAUGUGCCCUCACACCUGCGUCACCAACCUGCCCAAACCCAGACAGAAACAGCCAGAGAUUGGCCCCGCCUCUGUGAUGGUGGGAAACCUGGUCUCGGGGAAGAGGAUCGCUCAGGCCAGCGGCAGAGAUCUGGGCCAGAUCGAAGACAAUGAUCAGGCAAGAAAGUUCCUCUUCCUGUCUGAGGUGUUGCAGUGGAGAGCCCAGACCACUCCAGAUCACGUGCUCUUCACCCUCCUCAGUUCAAGGGGAACAGUCCUGAGCUCACUGACGUGUCUUCAGUUGCAUAAGCGGGCGGAGAAGAUAGCAGCCAUGUUGAUGGAGCGAGGCCACCUGCAGGACGGUGAUCACGUUGCGCUGGUGUACCCGCCUGGAAUCGAUUUGGUUGCUGCCUUUUACGGAUGCUUGUAUGCCGGCUGUGUACCAAUUACAGUGCGACCCCCACACCCGCAGAACAUCGCCACCACCCUGCCCACUGUGAAAAUGAUUGUGGAAGUGAGCCGAUCGGCCUGUGUGAUGACCUCACAAGUAAUUUCCAAGCUCCUGAAGUCAAAGGAGGCAUCUGCCGCAGUGGACGUCAGGUCGUGGCCUCUUGUUCUGGACACAGAUGAUCUGCCAAAGAAGAAGCCCCCUCAGCUCUACAAACCCUCCAAUCCAGACACGCUGGCUUACUUGGACUUCAGCGUCUCCACUACUGGGAUGCUUGCAGGAGUAAAGAUGUCCCACACAGCCACCAGUGCCUUUUGCCGCUCUAUAAAGCUUCAGUGUGAGUUGUAUCCCUCUCGUGAGGUGGCCAUCUGCUUGGAUCCGUACUGUGGCCUCGGCUUUGUCCUCUGGUGCCUCUGCAGUUGCUCUCUCUCUGUCUUUCUCUGUCCUGUCCCUAAGUCCCGUGGACUUGACCUGUCCCGUGUGAGGACGUGUGUGGUCGUCGCUGAGGAGAGGCCCAGGAUAGCCCUCACCCAGUCCUUCUCCAAGCUCUUUAAAGACCUGGGCCUGCACCCACGAGCCGUCAGCACUUCCUUCGGAUGUAGAGUGAACCUGGCCAUCUGCCUGCAGGGGACAUCAGGACCGGACCCGACUACUGUGUACGUGGACAUGAGAGCUCUCCGACACGACAGAGUGCGGCUGGUCGAGAGAGGCUCCCCACACAGUCUCCCGCUCAUGGAGUCUGGAAAGAUUUUACCCGGAGUUCGAAUCAUCAUCGCCAAUCCUGAAACCAAGGGCCCGCUGGGAGACUCCCAUCUAGGGGAGAUCUGGGUUCACUGCACCCAUAACGGCAGCGGUUACUUCACGGUGUACGGCGAUGAGGCCCUGCAAUCUGAUCACUUCAACUCACACUUGAGCUUUGGAGAUACGCAGACCGUAUGGGCGCGUACCGGCUACCUGGGCUUCCUCCGCAGGACCGAACUCACAGAUGCAAGUGGAGAGCGGCAUGACGCUCUGUAUGUAGUGGGCGCUCUGGAUGAAGCCAUGGAGCUGAGAGGAAUGAGGUAUCACCCCAUCGACAUAGAGACCUCUGUGAUACGCACCCACAAGAGCAUCAUGGAAUGUGCGGUGUUUCCCUGGACCAACCUGCUGGUGGUGGUCGUGGAGCUGGAAGGUUCAGAACAGGAAGCACUGGACCUGGUUCCUUUGGUGACCAACGCGGUCCUGGAGGAGCACUACCUGAUCGUAGGCGUGGUGGUGGUGGUGGACAUUGGCGUCAUUCCCAUCAACUCUCGCGGAGAGAAACAGAGGAUGCACCUGCGAGACGGCUUUCUAGCCGAUCAGCUGGACCCCAUUUAUGUGGCAUAUAACAUGUAGCAUGAGUGUACGCGUGUAUGUUUGCGUGCGUGUGUUUUGCCGACUGCACGUGACCGGUUGGGCGAUCUUCCGCAAAUGGACACUUACUGGGAGAAACCUUGAGAAGUGAUAGCCAAGCCAAACGGCAAAACAGAUUGGCAGAAGGAUUCGGUCUCCUGAAGGGAAGAAGAAUCGCCUCUGCUUCUGCUUGUGUGCGCGUCGCUUUGUUUUCACGUGAGGUGUUGCAACAUCAUUUUUAUUCCGCCCUACGUGAGCGAAGGGUAUUUUAAAAUAUCUGCAUACUAUGGCGAAAUGUGCGUUUUAGAUUUCCCGAUUAUUUGGAGUAACUUGUUGAAAGUAGAUGCGAUAUCACACUCUGGACGCCAUUUCUGUCCGUUCAUUUGAAAAAAAGGUACAACGCCAACUUGUUACAUUUGUACGUACGUUGCAGCGGUCCUUCAGCAACUUGCCGGUUUAGUUUUUCAAACUUUGUAAAUGUUCUCGAACAGCGGGAAGCAAAAACGAAGAAAAAACGUCCCCUGCUUUUUCGAUUCCUCCAUGUUUAAUAUCAUUGUACAAAGCUGAAGGUGAACACAAAGUCGGUUGAUAUUGUGUAAUUAUGUACAGAUAAUAGUUCUUAUUUAUUUUGUUCUUUUUUGAAUCGGUGGGCGAAGACAUUUGGAAAUGUUUUCCUCAUUAAAUAAUAUUGCUGAUAUAAAACAUUGUAUCAUCUUGAGUGAGUAGUAUCACAUCAAGUCUAUGUAAAAAUAUAAAUAUACGUACAAAUAUAUAUAAAAAGGAAAUAUAUAUAUAUAUAAAAUAAGAUCUACAAAUCACCAGUGAAACAUUUCUAAUGCAGUACUUCCCAUUUGCAUGGUGUCUGUUGUAGAGAGAAUCAACUGACCGAGCGGACGGUUAAUAAUACGAACUCAUAGGACUUUGAAGACGAUGUCAAACAUGCGGAACCAAUGCUUCAGUUUUUCUAAUUGAAACGAAAUCGCUGCGCCCUUUCCGAGAGAAAACGAACCCUAAAAAUGUGCCUGGAAUUGUUUACAUUUUGCUUUUAUGACUCAAAUCUGCAUCGCAAUUUGUUACGUUGUUUUUAUUUGCUCGGAUUGAAUUUUUUACUUGUUUUGUAUCAUUUUUCUGUGUGAUUGCAUCAUUAUUUAUUGACACAGGCUUUUACACAAGUGCGUUUUUGUUUACCGCUCAAACACCACAGAUACCAUUCGUGAGCGUUUGAAUUUUAAUUCAACACAGAUUUAGGUAUUUUCAUAACACAAUAUUUUACGUUAAUGCCUCACAGUUUACUUUCAACCCCGAUCAGCUCACGUGAAAUGGAUUAAGCCCUUGUUUUUAAUCGGUUUAUGUGGGGAAUACAUGCUAAAUAAACGCUGGCAUAUUGUUGGCACAUGCAAUAUUGGCAAAGCAUGAAACAUGACCGACUGGCUAUAAUAAUGCAAACAAUAGCGAAGAGAGGAAAAAGAAGCGUGCCAUCAUUCUUCAUUGUACCAGCCACAUUAGAAGGGACGCGUUUUCGGAACUCCUUUUCAUAGCACUGGCAAUCCGUUAAAUCAACAUGACAAAACGGAGUAUUCUGGAUUUUCUUUUCUUUUCCACAUCCUGCCUCGGCGAUUGAUAAUACGGCAGGCGUCACAGACAAAAUCGCGGAGA